UAAUAGCACUGACACGAGUAAUACUGCAGCAAUGCGGAACAGUGCUCACGAUGGCAGUCCACAUGCGUUUCAGGCUGUCCAGCAGACUGCCGAACACCAUCAAGAUCUAAUGGUUGUACCAGCUUUUGAGGACAUCCUGGACGCCAUCGGCUCUAGAGGAAAAUUCCAGAAGAGAUUAAACAUUGUUUUCAAUUGCUUUGGUCCAAUCAUCAACAUCCUGAGUGUCCACACGUACAAUUUUGCUAUGCAGACUCCCGACCACUGGUGUUACGUUCCAGGCAGAGAGCACACCAACUUUACACUUUAUGAGUGGAAGAGCGUCACUAUCCCCAAGGAACGAGGAACAUUCAGCAAGUGUCGGAUGUACAACGGGAGCGCCCUGGACGCUGCCCCUACGGUACCCUGCCAGCACGGCUGGGAGUACGACGACACGUGGUACUCUUUGACGGUGCCGUCACAGAUGAACUGGGUCUGCGACGACAAGCACAUCGUUAGUGACGUCAUGUUCUACGCGCAGAACAUCGGUGUGCUCCUGGGACUCCUGUUCGGCUACCUGGGUGACAUGUAUGGACGUCGGCCACAGCAGUUUGCCUGCUUGGUGGGACACAUCGUGAGCAGGGUAGCGCUUCUGUUCACGCCAUCACAAAUCGCGCUGUUUGUCAUGGCGGAGUCGCUGGUGUCGGGUGCUGCAGGACUCAUGAUAGAAUCGGCCAUUUCUGUAGGUCUGGAGCUGACAGAUAUCAGAAACCGAUCCAGCAUAAAUUGCAUGGCAAACGUUGCUCUGGCUGUCGGAUUGGCUUUUGCCAGCUUGUCUGUUCAGAUGUUUCCCAGCUGGAAGUAUUCCAUACUUUUUGCGGCACUGUGCUGCCUUGUGUUACUACUCUUCUACAGGUGGUUCCCCGAGUCGCCGCGCUGGCUGACGUGCAGAGGGCGCGAGGAGGAGGCGCUGAGCGUGCUGCGGCGAAUCGCGGCCACCAACGGCGCCAGCGUGCCGGCUUUCACCCAGCAGGUGCUGCACAGCGUGGCCAAGACCAAGCAGGACCGCAUGGGCUACCUAAGCAUCUUCUCCAGCUGGAACCUCUUCAAGAACACACUUCUGCUCGUCAUUGCCAGGUGCAUAGCAUGGGUGACGAUGUUUUCGCUGGUGCUGAGCGUAGGCAUCAUCAGUGUGAACCCGCUGGUGACGGUGUCUGCGCAGUGCGGCGCGCAGGUGGCGUCCCUGUUGCUGGUGCACUACUGCGGCACCCGCUUCGGCCGCCGCUGGUCCGGCGUCGGCUGUCUGGCGCUAGUCAGCCUGCUAGGAUUGCUCGGCGUUGUGCUGCUCACAGCUGAUGUACCAAGCAUCGCCAUGGUGGUAGUAGUGAUGGCUAUGCAGUUCUUCUCGACUGCCGCUGGAAGUGUCACCACCCUGCAGAGCAUCGAGGUGCACCCCACGUGUCUGCGCCAGAUCACCGCCAGCGUCGAGUACGCACUCGCUGGCAUUUGCUUGUCACUUGUUCCAUACAUCGUCUUCCAGGGAGGUUCCGUGGACCGUAGGGUCCCAUUCGCCAUCUUGUCGGCGAUGAACCUGCUGGGAGCAUUCUCAGUGUCCUUCUUGCCGGAAACUGCGCUGGAGAAGUUGCCAGAGUCGCUGCAGGACGCUGCCAUCUUUGGGAGAGGCCGCCCCUACUGGAGUUGGAGACUUACGCCCUCGCCUUCAUACGUUCAAGAAUAA